AUGCAGAAUCAAAAUCUCACUCAAACACUUCAGAUUUCAGAAUUGGAGGCCAAGAUUGAGCAUAGCAGAACUAUGCGAGACAAGUUCAUUCAAAUGAGACCCUUAUUGAAGGAUCGAAAUGUGAUUUCAGACUGUGAAACUCAGAUCAAAGAAUACCAAAAGUACAUUGAUUACUUUACUGAGGAACUGCACCGGCUCGAGGCAAAACAAGACAACGCUUCGGAUUCUGGUUCAGAGAGCCCAGUGGCGCUUCAGCAGCAAAAUCAGCAACUGCAAGCUCAAUCCGAACAUCCGCCUCGCACUAGCUCCAUGGCAACAAACCCAAACGAUGUUACCGUAAUUGCCCCUAGAAAGAAGGAUGACAAGAAAAAGUACUCCAACUUGGACUUAUUAAUGUCAGAAACUCCCUACAACAAGCCCAAGGUGUCUCUCAAACUACAUGAGCUGGAGUACAAGCUGGAUGUCGAAAAGACUGUAUUGAAGGGUAUUCGAGGUAUGGUAGAUGUGAUGGAGCGCAACCCCUCUACAGAUCGCAAGAGUCGUACUGAGGUACAAGACAAGAUGUCGGAAAGUCAAGAGAAACUUGGUUUGUUGAAUUCUGCCUUGAGAAAAUACAAGAGUCUAUACAUUGGCGAAGGUGGCGAUGAAGAUGACUAUGAACUGGAAACACCUCCUUCUGCUCGUUUGCCUCCUGGUUUCCGAAGACCCGUUACUGGUAAACUGCAGCUGGAAAUUUUAGAGGCUAUGGAAUUAGCACAUGCUCCUACUCGUAUGAUUCGUUCACCGGCUACUGUAGUGUUGGUCAAGAUCGAUAACCAAAUUGUAUUCCGCUCAAGACCUGCUCGCAAUGACAAAUGGAAUGAACUGUGUGAAACGCAUGUCAACAAGGCUUCCGAAAUUGAAAUUAGUGUCUAUGAUCAAUCGACCGAGAAAUCAUUGCCUAUCGGUUUCUUUUGGCUCAAAAUCACGGAUAUCACCGAAGGUCUUCGUAAGCGUAAGAUCCCUCAAUGGAUGUUGGCUGAAGAGGCUCAAAAGCUGCGUCAUGAUGCCGAUGGCAAUUCCAUCAUGGACAGAGAAGAUAGCAGCGCUACUCUUCACCCUGUUCCUCCCGUGCAAGUAACUCAAAAUGAAGGUGGUAUUGAAGCUUGGUUUGAUGUGGAGCCCGUUGGUAAAUUGGCGCUUCGACUGAACUUUGUCCGUGCAGAUGGCAACCGUCGUCCUAUGGAUAAAUUGGGCCGUGCUGGUGCUGUCCGUCAACGUCGUGAAGAAGUGGUUGAGGUCAAUGGCCAUCAAUUCUUGGAAAAGAGAUUCUACAACGUCAUGAAGUGUGCGUUGUGUCAAGAAUUCUUUGUCAACAGCGGUUAUCAGUGUGAGGACUGUGAGUACACCUGUCAUAAAAAGUGUUCCAGCAAAGUUGUUACCAAAUGUAUUGCCAACUCCAAGGAUAAUGACUCGGAUGAAGACAAGCUUAAUCACAAGAUUCCUCACCGCUUCGAACCUAUUACCAAUAUUGGUGCCAAUUGGUGUUGCCACUGUGGUUACAUGCUACCUUUGGGAUCUCGUGGAUCUAAAAAGUGCUCAGAAUGUGGUAUCACUGCUCACACUCGUUGCGAGCAUUAUGUACCUGAUUUCUGUGGUCUAAGCAUGGAGAUGGCCAAUCAAAUGUUGGCUGAAAUCAAGGCAGCUGCUAAGCGCAAAACACUGGAAACCAAAAAUAGCAGUAGUCGUAUCUCCAAGGACAAGAUGGAGAUGGCACAGGAUGGCCCUCUUCCUGCUCUGCCUCAACAACAGCCAUCAUCUGUGGACGAUGAGCUUAGUUCUCGACUCUCUUCAUCGGUCUCAUUAGCUCCUCAAACACCUCAAAAGAGCCCUAUUGUUGUGCCACAAACUCCACCUGCCAUGUAUAAUCAUAAUGCACCACUUGCUCAGCAACAUCAUUCGCAACAUUCGCCUCAAACACAGCACCAACCACAACAACCUUACUAUUCACCAUCGCAAUCGCCCAUGAGCAUGCCCCAACCCUCUAGAAUUUACCCUCAACAGCCCAUGCCACCUCAACAGCAACAACAGCGCCCUCCACAACCUCCUGCUCAUGUUCAACCGCACCAUCCCCAGCAACAGCAACCUCCUUAUGGCUACAACGGUCCUCCUGUCAAUGUUGACCCCAGAUACCAACAACAUCAACAGCAGCAACAGCAGCAAAUGUAUUAUCAGCAGCAGCAGCAGCAGCAGCAACAACAGCAACAACAGCAACAACAGCAACAACAAAAUAGACCCUCUAUGCCUUAUAGUCCAUACCAGAACCAGCACCCUUCCAUGAUGGGUAGACCUCAACCUAAUCCCAACUAUUCUCCCGUCUAUCAACAGCAACCACCUCAAAUGCAACAACAACAAUCUUCAUAUGGUGGCAUGGCGCCUCCUCCUAAGCAACAGCAGCAAUUACCACCACCACAGCACUUGCAAAAGCAGCCAAGUAUGAUGCAGCAAAAACGAAAGGUGCAGUUGGACAACUUCAGUUUCUUGGCUGUGCUUGGUAAAGGUAACUUUGGUAAGGUCAUGCUGGCCGAAGAGAAGUUUGACAAGAAGCUGUAUGCUAUCAAGAUGCUCAAGAAGCGAUUCAUUAUUGACAAUGAUGAAAUUGAGAGUGUUCGUUCAGAGAAACGUGUCUUCCAAGCAGCAAAUCGCGAACGCCACCCCUUCUUAAUCAACCUCCACUCAACUUUCCAAACAGAAACCCGUGUCUACUUUGUCAUGGAAUACGUGAACGGCGGUGAUUUGAUGUGGCACAUUCAACGAGGCCAAUUCUCUGAGAGAAGAGCUAAAUUCUACGCUUGUGAAGUCUUGUUGGCAUUGGAGUAUUUCCAUAGUCAAAACAUCAUUUACCGUGAUCUCAAGUUGGAUAACAUCAUGUUGAGUUUGGAUGGUCAUAUCAAGAUGGCUGAUUACGGUCUAUGUAAGGAAAACAUGGGCUAUGGUAAAACUACGGGUACUUUCUGUGGUACGCCUGAAUUUAUGGCGCCUGAAAUUCUGAGGGAACAAAACUAUGGUCGUGCUGUCGAUUGGUGGGCCUAUGGUGUCUUGAUCUAUGAAAUGUUGUUGGGUCAAUCUCCUUUCCGUGGUGAAGAUGAAGAUGAAAUCUUUGACGCUAUCUUGGAAGAUGAUAUCUUGUAUCCUAUCAACAUGUCGAGCGAUUCUAUUUCCAUCUGUCAGCAAUUAUUACAACGUGAACCUACACAAAGAUUGGGUGCUGGUCCAGAUGAUGCUAUUCCCAUUAAGCGUCAUCCCUUCUUCCGUGGCGUCAACUGGGACGAUAUGUUGGCUAAGCGUGUACCUCCUCCCUUCUAUCCUACUAUUUCUGGUCGUUUGGAUACCUCCAACUUUGAUGAAGAAUUUACCAACGAAACACCUGCUUUGACUCCCAUUGACUCGAAUCUCAACCGUGUUGAGCAACAAGAGUUCCAAGCCUUCUCUUAUGUUGCUGAUUGGGUUACUGGAUAA